AUGGAGCUCCUCUUGUUUUGCACAACAGUUUUCAUCCUCAUCAUCUCCUCUCUAUACCUCUUAGGCCUCUUGGCCGGCCGUCGUCGCAAGCUGCCCCCGGGUCCUUGCCCGCUGCCACUCGUCGGCAACCUCCUCUCCCUGGGCGCACUACCACACCGCACCCUCGCGCGCCUCGCAGAGCGCCACGGCCCGAUCAUGGCGAUCCGCCUAGGCACGGUAACCACCAUCGUCGCCUCCUCCCCAGAUGCCGCCCGUGACAUCCUCCAGCGCCAUGACGCAGCUUUCUCGGGGCGCUCCAUCCCAGACGGCACCCACGUGUUUGCGCACAACACACACUCCAUGGGCUGGCUUCCGGCCAGCAGCCUUCGGUGGCGUGCCCUACGCAAGGUGUGCUCAGGUGAGCUCUUCGCGCCGCACCGUCUCGACAUGCACCAGUCUCUGCGCCAGGAGAAGGUGCAGCAACUCGUCUCCCACGUGACGCAGCUGGCACGAGAGGGCACACCCGUUCGCGUCGGCCGCCUCGGCUUUACAACUGCACUUAACCUGCUCUCCUCCACCAUCUUCUCAACCGAGCUAGCCGUCCUCGACGACCGCCAUGUCAAGCCUUCGGACUUCAAGGACAUGCUCGCAGAGCUAAACAUGACCGUCGGAUUGCCAAACCUAUCGGACUUCAUCCCUGAAGUGGCGUGGCUAGACCUGCAGGGCCUGAGGAGACGCAUCGAGGGCUUGUUCACGCGGCUGCAUGCCAUGAUCGCCGAGCGGAUCGAGCGUCAGAUUCGGGACCACGCGGCCGCCGCAGGUGAGGCGCCCAAGAAAAACUUCCUGGACGUGCUGCUUGAGUAUCGCAACACCGACGAUGACCGGGGCUUCGAGCGCCAGACGCUCCUCUCAUUGAUUUCGGACUUGUUCAGCGCCGGGACGGAUACAAGUUCAGCCACCGUAGAAUGGGCGAUGGCAGAGCUGCUACUGAAUCCAUCAUGCAUUUCGAGAGCCCGCGAAGAGCUCGACCAAGUGAUAGGCUCUAAAGAGCACGUUGAGGAGUCCGACAUCGGACAGCUCAAGUACCUCCAAGCCAUCGUGAAGGAGACGUUCCGUCUACAUCCUCCGGCGCCGUUCCUGCUGCCGCACGUGGCGGAGAGGACGACACAGGUCCGGGGAUACACGGUUCCCCAGGGCGCGCGCAUUCUGGUGAACGUGUGGGCCAUUGGACAUGACGGCAAGGUAUGGUCCGAACCGGAAAAGUUCAUGCCGGAGAGGUUCCUGGAGAAGGAGGUGGACUUCAAGGGCCGAGACUUCGAGCUCCUGCCCUUUGGGUCCGGGAGGAGGAUGUGUCCGGGGUGGAUGCUGGCCGCUCGCAUGGUUCAUCUCAUGCUCGCGUCCUUGCUGCAUCGCUUUGAGUGGAGGCUUCCCGUACAUGUGGAGAAGAAGGGGCUGGACAGGGGUGAAAGGCUUGGGGUGAACUUGUCCAUGGCUACGCCCCUUGAGGCUAUAGCCACGCCAGUUUGA